AAACGAAGAAUCCGCUUAUGCCUUGAGAAGGCUCUCACUGCUCAGUUCGGACUCCGGAGCAUGGAUUCGAAUCAAACCCACACAGAGGGAAUGGCGCAGCGGCAGCGGCGGCGGUGGCGGGAGAGGCAGCACCUGGCGCGCCUCUGCGAUCUCGUCGCCGACUCCCUCCUCCCCUACCUGGAACCCGAACCGCCGGGGACUCGGCGGCCAGAGCUCUUGAGAGAGGAAGAGCGAUGCGUGCUCCUGAUGCUCGCCCGGGUAAACAAGGCAAUUCGAGGAUGGGACGAGGAGGAGGAGGUGGUGGACGAUGGGGAUGCAUCGGAUGAGAUUGUCUCCUGUUCGGGAGAAGCUCACAGUUGCAGUUUGCCACCAGACCACCACUUUGAUGAUGGGUUUAGCUGCCUGGCCAAUAUAACCUCCAUAUUGGUUGGGUUACAUCAUUUCUGUAGUGACUAUAUUAAGCACUCAGCUGGGAAUAUCUUGAUGGCCAUCUCUAAUUCCCUAAUGAAGUUUGAAGCUGUUUGGAUUCAGUUUGUUGAGCUUGUCUGGGCAGCUAUACAUACAGUAUCCGCUCAUAAUCAUUCUACAAUUGAUGCCACCAAUUGUUCUGGAAAAGUCUCUACUUGUUGUUCCUCUGCUGUGGAAAGCAUAAGUCAAAGCACUAUGACUAGUAGCACCAGUAUUACAAUCUUUAUGGUAGUACUUAAACUACGAUGUGUCAGUAUCAGUAGGCUGAUAAUGACUAGCCUCUUUCGAGUACUACAUACUAUUUUGAAGUUUCUGAAACUCAGUGACUCUGAAUUGAAAGAUGACUUCAUAUGCCUGUCCAUUCAUCAUAUUCAGAAGUUACGUUGGCAUCCUGGUAACCAACUCAUUGCAGGGAAAGUUGUAAGCCUUGUCAAGGAUGACCGAGAUAGUUUUAGUAGAGAUUAUGCACAGCUUGGAUUUGUGUCAGGCAGUCUCCUCCAGCUCGUGUGCUCUUUAGUUGAGCAAAGUGACAUGGAAGACACGGGCCGACGAGAUAUAUUUGUGAAGCUUGUAGAUGUCAUUCCUAGAUUAGUGACUUUCUUACAAGAGAAACAGGAUAUCCCAAAAGGUCUCUCUCAGUAUUAUAAGCACAAAAUUCUGAUGCUAAUGAUGAGACUUAAGCCUCACAUGCAGCAGAAUUGCUCACAUAUUAUUUGUUUGCUGAAAUUACUCCGAGACCACUUCCAGAAUCUUCUUCACGAACCUAUGUCCCGACAUAUCAGUAAACUGGAGAACUGCUUAGAAGGAUCCCCAUUUUUGGGUGAGAUUAAGGAUAAAUCUACUCGACACUUACAAAGGCAGGCUAUGUAUUUGUUUCUUAGCUGCUGUAUAUUCUUGGGUUGCAGUGGAAGUGAUAGUAGACAGAAAUGUUCAUCUAAGAAAGAUGAAUUCGGUCAUGAAGUGCAAGGCUGCAUUGAUCAUUGCAACUAUUUUGGCCUAUCAGAAAUCUCAGACUGGUUUCAGAGAUGUUGCUUAGACAAGAUUUUGGACUCGAAAUCAUCGACAGACAUUGUUCUAUGUUUUCUGCAGUUAUAUAUGGAGGAGGACGAUAUAUUAUUCAUCAUUCUCUUACAGCUUUUGGAUGCUCCACUUAUUUUGUUGGCAAUAGAUAACAUGGAAAGUAAAUGUACUUCUGAACUGAUUGGUGCCAAACUGUUCUCCAUCAUUUUUGACCCAGUUCAUACUUUCCACGUAUUGCUUUCAUUGUUGAGCUAUGAUCACUUGGUGCUUGUUGAUUAUCUCAUAUCAAAAGAUGUAGGUGUGCAUUGUGCCCAGUAUCUAUUACGGUGCUUACGACUGGUGUCCCAGUGCUGGGAUGCUUUUAUUGAUGAUUCAGUUUACGAGGCGCAAAUACAAAAACUCACUUAUAAGAGGCAAAGAACCUUGAAAAACACUAAGUUAGGUUUCUCUCGUGACAAGGGAAGUAAUAGCGAAAAAGAGCUCUUCUUAAGUGCUAAAGUAUGUCUCCUUUCGUUAAAGAGAACAUUGGGAGAUCUUCAUCAGAAGGAUUUAUUCCCUUACAACCCAAAGCCUCUCCUUAAAAGCUUGGCCAGAUUUGAGGAGCUCUGUGAGCAGUGCUGUAACAAUUAAUUUGUGCCUGGUGACACAAUACUUUCUGUGGUUCAAUAUUUGGUAAUCAUAUACUGUAAUUUUCCUUGCUGGUUACAUUGUGUAUAUAUUGGAUUAUUGGUUCAUGGAAUACAUUGUGGCUGAAUCUUACAUAUAAGGAAACUUGAGACGUCAGUUGCACCAAAAGCAGAGUGCUGUUGAUAUUUUCCAGGCUUGUGCUGUAUCCUUAACAACUUGGGCUUAAGGGUUACAAAGCAACCAUUCAGUGUCGUUAUGCUGUUUGAUGCAUAACUGCAGAUGUUAAGGUAUAUUUGUUCUCUGGAUGUGCAACCUUCGCACAGAUGUUUUCCAAUUUCUGGUGGAUCUUGUGCUUGGAGACGGAAGAUGUGUUAAAUCUGCUGUAGCUGCUGUUGAAUUGAGAGAACCAUGCUGAUCUUGCUACCACCCUUCAUGGUCUUGAAAGAAGGCUAGAACAAAGAUAGCACAAAUACCAGGGAACCACGGGUUCAUCAACUAGAAGGAUGAUCGCAAGUUGGCAAUUUGGGGUUUUGUGAUAGCAACGACCUAUCUACUACUAGGUGUUGUGGUGUCGCCUGGUGGAUUUUCCCAUGCUGUUGUUGGGUCUUGUCAGCAAGUUUGAAUGUUCGUUGCAUUUACUCCUGCUCUCGGGGAGCCCUUGUGGGUGAUCUUGCAAUGUUUUUCUUCUUCUAUAUUUAAUGGAUGAGAGCAAGGAGAAAUGAUAAGCACCGUGUGUAUCUCUGUUAUUUGCGUUUAGUGUCUCCAGUGUUUUCCUACUA